CCACAAGACCCAGCCAGAGGGACAGGAUGGAGGGACCCAGGCUGACGCUGGGGCUGCUGGCUAUACUGGUUGUUUGUGGUAGCUGGGGCCUGAACGAGGAGGAACGGCUAAUUCGGCACCUAUUCGAAGAGAAAGGCUACAACAAGGAGCUCCGGCCGGCACACCAGGGGGAGAGUGUAGAGGUCUCGCUGGCCCUCACACUCUCCAACCUCAUCUCCCUGAAAGAAGUGGAGGAGACCCUCACCACUAACGUGUGGAUUGAGCACGGCUGGACAGACAGCCGGCUGCAGUGGAAUGCUGAAGAAUUUGGGAAUAUCAGUGUCCUGCGCCUGCCCCCUGACAUGCUGUGGCUCCCAGAGAUUGUGCUGGAGAACAACAACGACGGCUCCUUCCAGAUUUCCUACUCCUGCAAUGUGCUCAUCUACCCCUCGGGCUAUGUGUACUGGCUGCCACCCGCCAUCUUCCGCUCUUCCUGCCCCAUCUCCGUCACCUACUUCCCCUUUGACUGGCAGAACUGCUCCCUCAAGUUCAGUUCCCUCAAGUACACAGCCAAGGAGAUCACCCUGAGUCUGAAGCAAGAGGAAGAAGAGGGCCGCUUCUACCCUGUGGAGUGGAUCAUCAUUGACCCCGAGGGCUUCACAGAGAAUGGGGAGUGGGAGAUAGUGCACCGGCCAGCCAGGAUCAACAUGGACCUCAGUGUCCCACUGGACAGUCCAGGCCGCCAGGACGUCUCCUUCUACCUCAUCAUCCGCCGCAAGCCCCUCUUCUACGUCAUCAACAUCCUGGUACCCUGCGUGCUCAUCUCCUUCAUGAUCAACCUGGUCUUCUACCUGCCGGCCGACAGUGGCGAGAAGACGUCGAUGGCCAUCUCAGUGCUCCUGGCUCAGUCUGUCUUCCUGCUGCUCAUCUCCAAGAGGCUGCCAGCCACGUCCAUCGCCAUCCCCCUCAUUGGCAAAUUCCUGCUCUUCGGCAUGGUGUUGGUGACCAUGGUCGUCGUGAUCUGUGUCAUCGUGCUCAACAUCCACUUCCGCACCCCCAGCACGCACGUGCUGUCUGAGGGGGUCAAGAAGCUCUUCCUGGAGACCCUGCCGGAACUGCUACACAUGUCCCGCCCGGCGGACAAUGGACCUGGUCCGGGGGCUCUGGUCCGGAGGAGCAGCUCCCUGGGCUACAUUUCCAAGGCUGAGGAGUACUUCCUGCUCAAGUCCCGAAGUGACCUCAUGUUUGAGAAGCAGUCCGAGCGCCACGGCCUGGCCCGGCGCCUCACCACCGCACGCCGGCUCCCUCCAGGCUCUGAGCAGGCCCAGCAGGAGCUCUUGAGUGAGCUGAAGCCAGCCGUGGAUGGGGCCAACUUCAUCGUCAGCCACAUGAAGGACCAGAACAGUUAUAAUGAGGAGAAGGACUGCUGGAACCGAGUGGCCCGCACAGUGGACCGACUCUGCCUGUUCGUGGUGACACCCAUCAUGGUGGUGGGCACGACCUGGAUCUUCCUGCAAGGCGCCUACAACCAGCCUCCACCUCAGCCUUUCCCUGGGGACCCCUUCUCCUACCAUGAGCAGGACAAGCGCUUCAUCUAGAACAGGCCUGCCCUGCCCUGUUGGUCCAGCUUCCAGGCAGUGUCCAGUGGGCGGGGGCAGGGGCGGAGGGAGGGUGCUAGUCGUGUGGACAGGGAUGUCUGACAGGACAAGCCCUUCCUGGGGAGGCCAACUUCUGACCCUGAGGCUCGAGUCCAGCUGGUGCUGCAAGGCUGGGGCAGGAAGAGCCGGGCUUUCCUGAGAUUAGGGAAGGAAGGGGGAAGCCCGGCUCUUCAACCAUGGGUCCUCUACAGCUAAACACCAGGGAGCCGCUGAGGAGGACUAAGAGCGGAUAUCAUCUGGGGGUCAGAGCAGGACAAUGUGUGGGGGGAAGGGGGGCUGACUCAGGCUGGGACCCUUCUGUGAGGAAUGAGAAAGGCAGAGGCCUCUUCUUCCUCCCCUUCCCUAGAUGGGGGUAGAGCAGGUAGGAUCCUGUGCUCUCACUUCCCUGUUCCUCCAGCCACCCUCCUUUCUACAACCCCUCAGCCUUGGGCUUCUGAGGCCCCAGUGGGGGUGUUAUGUGGGGACACCUCCCUCUCCAGACCUCUUAAGGAAAGAGGAUUUCAGCAGGGGUGGGAGCCCCAGGAUUGCAAAAUGGCCUUCCCCAGACCUUUCUUUCUGCCUUGGUGACUUUGUCUGGGUCCCCUAGGGAAGCCAAGGACUGGGGUGGAAGGGCCAAGCUCAACAUUCAAAAAGACUAAAGGUCAGCUUAUCAACCUCAGGUCACAUGCACGAUCCUAGAGCCCUAGAGCUCAGCCCUCCCCCAAGAAGUGUCUCCUCUUGGGCAACUUUUCUCCCCAAAGUAGGGUUUCCAUACAAUAUUUGAGACAUAUUUUUACUAAAAAACUAUUGUUUAUCCGAAAUUCAAACUUAACUGGGCAUCUUGUUUUGUUUUGUUUUGAGGGGUGGCAGAGAAAGAAAAGAAAAAAAGAAAGCAUAGAGCCCAACAGGGGCUCAGUCUCACCACCCAGAGAUGAUGACCUGAGCCGAAAUCAAGAGUCAGAGACUCAACAGACUGAGCCACCCAGGUGUCCAGAAUCCUGUAUUUUUAUUUGCUAAAUUUGACAACUCUAUCCCCAAGGGAGCCCCCAACAAUCCUAUCCCAAGCGCCAAAGGCCGAGGCUACAGAUGCUGGGAGACAAGGUAGUCUACCUCCAAGAUGGCCCCAGCGAUCUCCACCCCCUGGUAUUCAUACCCUGAGUAGCGCACUCCCACAAUGCACUGGGCUUGGUCUGUAUGACUGACAGAAGGAGGCGGAAGUGACGGUGUGUCGCUUCUGAGAUUAGGCUCUAUAAGACACUGCAGCACUCCCGCUCCAUCACUCUUCACUUUCAGCUGGAUCUCUCACUCUGGGGAAGCCAGCUGGCAUGGGAGCAGUCCUGUGUAGAGGCCCACCUGGCAAGGACCUGAGCCCCUCUGCCUGCAGCCCCAUGAGUGACCUCGGAAGCGGAUCCUCCAGCCCCGAUGGAGCCUUCAGAGGAGAUCACCAUCCAGGUCAACAUCUUGGGUGCAGUCCCAUGAGUUCUGGAGCCAGAGCCACCCAGCUAAGCUGCUCCUGGAUUCCGGACCCCCAGAAACUGCGUGGAAUAGCAUAUGAUUUUUAAGAGACAAAGUUUGGGGGUGCUUUGUUACACCAGAGGAUGAUCUGGCGUGAGCCGCGCUCAUCUCUUAGGUUCAGUUUUCUCAUCAACAAAAUGUGUA